AUGGCUCCAAAGAAGAAGAAGGCCGCCGAAGCAGUUGGAGGCUCUCCGCUGAAGAAAGCCAAGACCGGAAAAGUCGCCGUGUGGGAGUGGAAGGAUGGAAGCUCCUGGAAAGCAUACUGCGAGGAGGUCACCGGGUCUGGCUUCAUGGGCCUCUGGGUCAAGGACCGGUGCGGCUAUCAUCUCUGUCAGUCAUGCUGCUCCACACGAUCGGAGGAGAUGCUCGAUGAGGAGAUCACACUCUCAAUCUAUCGACCUCCCCAAGAUACUUUUCCAGGAUUUCAAGCCCAAGAGGAUGUGCUGCAGGUUCGGAUCAAAACUGGAUCCACUGUCCGUGCCCUUAAGGAGAAGCUGUACGAACUGUACGGCAUGCCGGUCACCAUGCAGGUGCUGAGGCGUGACAUAGAUUCUCGAGGCUUGCGGGAUGAGGAUCAGGUUGCAUGCGAAGACGGAGAUGUUCUUUAUCUAGGAAGUCCUUUUGAUUCUGCACUCGCUGCAAGCAACGGAGGAGGUCACUUCGACCUUCUGAUGUCCGAAGCGAUGUCCGGACUGGAGGCGAUCACGGGCUUCUUGACAGAUGCGGACAGUCGAAUGCAGGAGCAGGGCCUGCACGAGAUCUCAUUGAACGUUGUCAUGCCGCACCUGCCGAAGGCCAACGAGGCCAAGGGACCUCCUGAGCGGAGAUGUCAGAUAGUUGUCGUGGUGUCCGCAAGGAUGGCAGAAGUUAAAGAGAUGGCAUUGGCGGAACUGGAUGUCGCUGGCCAGGACCAGUGUCAAGUGUCCCCAAGGUUUCCGGUGAGUGCCUUGGAAGUUUCGGAUCUAACUUCGGCAGGCCUGUUCGGGAUGUGGUGGGGCAGCCUCUCAGAGAAUCUGUUGCUGAGAGCUGUUGACAGCAGGACAGAAGAAAGGUUGGAGCAUUUAUACGCUUCCGUUGGCGCGAAGGGCAAGGUUGUCACAACAGACUUCUCUUUCAACAAAGAGUAUCAGACGAAGUACGAGCUCAACUUCGCAAAGAUGACUCAGACGAAUACCGAAAGCAAAAAGUCGCGGACGGUGCGGCGAACAGGUGGCGAAGCAGUUGCUGUGGUAAAGAAAGCUGUGUGGGAGUGGUGGUCGGAUGAGGAUGAGUGGGAGCCGUUUCAAGAAGUCGAUGCGCAGGUUCUAGAGAAGGCCUAUGUCGCAGGGGAGACGCCUUUCUCGACCAAGAAGCUCAGCUGGAACGAAGGCUACGACAGCCUCUACAUCUUCGACUUCACCGUCAUGACCCAGGUCAACUGUGACAGCAAGACGUCCAGGAAGAUCCAGCGAACAGCAGCUGGAGGAUCCAAGCUCUUCGGUCACAAGGACGGCGAAGAUGAUGGUUAUGCAGGGGCUGUUGGCUUCCUGUCCGACAAGAUUGGCGACAGCAAAGUUAUGUUCGCCGGAAAGUUCGAGCCAAGUCUGACUCCUGCUGCCAUUGCAGCACAAAAGAAAAUAGGAGCACAGUCGCUUCGAAAACAAAAGAAGGACUAUGGACCCAUUGUUUCCAAAGAUGAACAUGGGAGGAAGUGUUUUGAUGAGAUGUUGCAAAACGAGAAGGAGUUUUGCGGUGAGUGGGUGGUCUUUUACCACAGCUACUCCAGUGCAGCGUUGCUCUAUGAGGUUCAAGCUUCUGUGGCAUCUGUCCUCUUCCGUUUCAAAGCCGAAUUUGCUUCCCUUCCUCGGUUGCUGUGUGCGCCGUUUCACCACAUUCCCACUGCCAAGAGGAUGCUGGAGGAGUUUCCAAAGUGGAAGGACCAGGACCACAACCAGGCCUUUCGGCUUGUGGGAUUGUGUGGAACUUCGUCACUCCUCGCGCACGAUUCGGAGGCGCCAGCGAAGUCCGUCUUCCUUGCUGGAUACAGCGUGGGGCCUCUCAAGGGUGUACUGGAAAAGCUGCUCACAAGCUGCGGCGUUCCAUCUGGCAAGAUCAAGAAACUCGCUGCAGACAUCAUUGCGCUUGCAGUGAAGUCUGGAUUGGACUGCAGCGGCAUACCUGGCGGCAAGAAAUGCAAGUCAGGCCGAUCGGGCCACAUGCUGCAGAUCUUCUUGAGGAGAGAACUUUGUGAUGAAUAUGUCUAUCCAUCCUUUCCGUUUGGAGUGCCUGACAAGAAGCGGAUGAAGCCGACCUUGGGCAAGUACUUGACUGAGGAUGUUAAGAUCGAAGGACAAGUCCGGAUCACUCUGAAUCCUGAUGUCUUCUUGAGAGCCACCACAGCGAGGAUGUUUACCUUCUCGGCGGAUCCGACUUUUCACAAGAACCGGCCUGACUUCCAGGAGGAGCUGAAGUCGCUCUUGGAGCCCAUCCUUGGGACGGAAGCUGUCCGCAAAAAGGCAGCUUCAGGCAUCUUUGGAGGCGAUCCGCCGGAUUGGUGGUCUGCAGAGGAUCAAAGUGACAUGGCCAAAAUGUCGAAGGGCCGUUAUGGAUCCUCGUCCCUAGACUGA